CGUUAUUUUUCGCUGUCACAACAAAAUAUUUUUACAUCGGAAUGGACAAAAAUACAUUUUUAUUUUCUUCGCCUGAGUAUUUGAGAUGUCGCACAAUUCGUAGCUUUUGACUACGAGAAAAUAUUAUAAAAUCGCUAAGAGUUCCGAUAAAAGUUUAGUUACAAGUUGAAAUUUGUUUCAAAAUAAAGCAACCACACGUCAAAAGACCAAUUUUGUGUUUACAAUUUUCCAUUUAUUAUUGUUCAUUGUUCGAAGUUAAAUUUGAUUGAUUAAUUGGUUGAAAUAAAUUAUAAACCAUGCCACCGAGCCGCUUAGACGCUCUGUAUCGUCGUAUGCUAAUCACCAAGUUUUUCGAAAAAGGAUGGGGUGAACCGGAGAAUUUAAAGAGGUUAUUUGAAUUUAGAAAAAUUGUUUCAAACCGUGAGCUAUGUUACAAGCUUAUACCUCCGGAUUAUCCAGUUGAAAUAACAAAGGAAGAAAAAAACGCAGACUUCCACAUCAUCGAAGGAAAGUUCCUGACACCGUUAGAGUUAUACUUACCGGGAUUGGUGCCCAAGGCCGCUCAAGAUGCUCACUUUCAAAUGCUGUUGCCACUUCGAUGGCCCGACGAAAAUUUCAAACCCGUUUGCGUUCAUUUCGCUGGAACCGGUGAUCAUUUCUUCUGGCGACGACGUAAUUUCAUUGCUAAGCCCCUACUACGAGAAGCUGGCAUCGGUGCCAUAUUAUUGGAAAAUCCUUUCUACGGUCUACGUAAGCCGAAGGAACAGACACGAUCGAAUCUGAACAACGUCAGCGAUAUAUUUGUCAUGGGUGGUUGCCUCGUCCUCGAAAACUUAGUUCUGUUGCAUUUUUGCGAGAAAAUGGGCUUGGGGCCGCUCGGAGUCACUGGGUUGUCUAUGGGCGGACACAUGGCUUCGCUAAGCGCUACAAAUUGGCCGAAGCCUUUGGUACUGGUGCCAUGUUUGUCAUGGUCGACGGCAUCAUCCGUGUUCACAGAGGGUGUGAUGAGUCAGUCAAUAAAUUGGGAUCGACUAGAAACGCAAUACUAUGCCGACGGACAUUAUCGUGAAAGACUAGCCAAAAUGGUAACAAUUGUCGAUGACGCAUUCGUAGCCGGUCAACAUUUUGUUCAGCAUUUCAACGAAUCGAUGAAAGAACUGCAAAAGGACAUAAAGUCAGUGAACAACAUUGGCGUUGACAUUAGACAGGCGGCAACACAUCCCACAUUUACGGAAGAGAAAAACUCGUUCAACCUAUCCGAUCCACUGCUGGAGAAGCUACAAUCAGUCGACAAUCCCAUCAAUCUAUCAGCCACCGAAGUGGAGGAAUUGAACAAGAAGAUGUUAAUCGCCCAAGGUAAAGAAACGUCACCACCAAGUCCGUCCGUGCCGGAAAUAUCCACCGAAAACUAUGUGAACGAUACGAUUCGAAGUGCUGGCAAUGCCAUAUCAUCGGUGACGACAAAACUCAUGGGACUCAUACAGCCCGAUGAUGACACGGUGAAGCACACUCCCAUCGACAUAACGAAAACGAAUUGGUGGGAACGUGAGGCGUUACAAUUCAUGAGAGGCGUUAUGGAUGAAUGCACCCAUUUGAAGAAUUUCUCCGUACCCUAUGACACAACGCUAAUAACGGCCAUUUGUGCGAAAGACGAUGCAUACGUUCCGAGAGACGGUUGCACAAGUUUGGAGGAAAUUUGGCCCGGUGCAGAGGUCAAGUAUUUGGAUGCAGGACACGUCAGUGCAUAUGUUUUGCAUCAGAAACUAUUCAGAUCGAGCAUAAUCGAGAAUUUCGAACGUGCCAAGCAAAAGUACAAUCCACUGAAAACAAUCAACGUGCCACAAACAACAGUCACAUUCGAUGAGCUGCAUAGCCGUUACAGAGAAGCCAAUCGAAAAGAUCCGACCCAUUGAUACCGAUGAUCGUUUCGACGUCGUUUUUAUUAUUCGAACGGAACACACAUUUUCGUGUAAGAUAAGUGCUAACAUCAAUUGGAGUUGAUGGUGUGGAUAGCGCGCCUCUUCUCUUCUUAUUCAAUGUUUCACAUUUGCGAUGUGUUCGUUGUGGGUGGAUGUUACGCACAGUGAAUGUACAUAUAUAGGAAAUGUUUUGUUUUUUUGUGAUACUUUACACUGGUACGAUGUGCAUAAUUGUGCACUGUACCAACCACUACAAUAAUUUAGCUAAUUCAAUUUUUGCAAUUUUUUCGAUGGAAAAGAGUACUGAGAGAGUUAGAGUCAGUUUGUUAGAGAGAAAUAAGUGUAGACUGUACGACGUGUAUUUUGUAAAUUUGCAUUUCAUUUCAAAGUAGUUAGCGGUCUUCACUGACAAGACCAUUGAAUGGAAUUAAAAAUUUUCAUUUUUGAAAA